CUGAAUCUAAGAGUCUUAAAUUAAGACAGAAAACUUUCAAAGCUCGUUACUUGUAAGUUUAUAACAGAAUAAGAUUUGACGAAUUAUUUGAGCUACUUCUACUGUAAUUACUAUUUUGUAUUUGUACUUCUGAGGAACCUUUACCUUUCGGAGUUCUGACAAAUCUUUUUUUGGCUGAUUCUGCUGGAACGAACGUCAUCUGUUGGCUGCUUCCUGCUGGCUUGGGAUUUUGUCUGUAUGUUAUUAACUUACUAUGUAUCAGUAUUAAUUUUUUAUGAAUGUCAUCAUGCUGUGAUGACAGUGAUGUUAUGAUCCUUGUGUCGAUGUGCCGAUGUUAAAUUCUUUCGCCAGACUGUGUGAUCUUUCUUCGUGCUUUACCACUUCCACCGUCAAACUGUCGCUGUUAAGCAAAUCCUCCUGUCUUGUGACGGGAAUCGCGCAGUUAUCCUGGCGCAGUGUACGGACGAUAUUUCUCGCAAACCCUGUGAUGGCUCCCGCUGCUUACUACGGUGUUCGAGCGGGAAAGGUUCCGGGCGUGUAUACCACUUGGGCAGAGUGCAACGCUCAGGUCCAAGGUUUUCCAAAAUGCAAAUUUAAGAAGUUCAAAACCCGCGAAGAAGCUCAACAGUUUGUUAAUGGACCGGAUUUUCAGCCGUCAGGUAGCGCAGCGAAUGAAGGAUUCGACGCUUCCUCAGGCGGAUCGUCCGAUUACGAUGCGGAUCUGAAUGAGCCUGCCUCGAGUACACAAAGAAAACGGCCAGCUGAUUUUGAUCGGCAGCACUUUUUGAAAGGCACCGGUGGCUUCAUUAAUUCGGCGCUCUCAGCACCAGUCGGAUUUGUCAGACAUUUUUCGACCAGUUCAUCCAGCUGCACAACGAAUGCCGCUUCGCCAUCCCCGCAGCAUGAUCCUUCUCGAGUUGGUUCCGUAUGGGUAGAUGGCUGCUGUCGGAAUAACGGGAACAGUGCCGCAUUGGCUGGUAUCGGCGUAUUCUGGGAAAAGGACUCACCGUACAAUGUUGCCGAACCACUUGCUGGACGGCCCUCGAACCAGCGUGCAGAAAUCUGCGCGGCAGUGAGAGCUGUUCGACAAGCGAAGGAACAAGGAAUGACCAAACUCAUUGUCCACACAGACAGCAACUACCUUGUUCAGGCGAUGACGGAAUGGCUGCCCAAUUGGCUUUCAAAUGGAUGGCGUUCUGCGCGUGGUCCUGUGGUAAAUCAGGAAGAUUUUAAAUCCUUGCUGGACACAAUCAAGAGCAGCGAAGUGGAAAUCGAAUGGAAACAUAUUAGAGGGCAUAUGGGAAUCACUGGAAACGAAGCCGCCGACAAAUUGGCUAACGAAGGGGCUUUAAAAGGCGAAAAGUUUUGCGAAAGUGUACUGGGUAAAGAUGCUGCGAGCACUCUGUUGUGAAAUUUUUCUAUAACUUUUUCCAGGGUUCAUUAUAUAAUGACUUAUAUAUCACUUGCCGAUUUUUCAAUAAAACCUUGUGCGAAAGUUUGUCACCGCUUGCCGCAUAAUGGUUUCUGUGAUGCUGUGAUGGUUAAAGGUUGUAACUUCUCUUUCCGCUCUACGAGUAGUUAGUUUUUAAGUGAAGCAUGUGGCGAUAAACCGAAGUUUUCGUAACCGUUAAAAAAUGAGUCGGUGUUGCAUAUCAGUGAACGUGCACCCAAAACAGAUGAACAAAAGGCCCG